GAUGGACUCGGCAAAUUUAUUUGCAAUUGCCAGUCGGCCCACCAAAAAGAAAAUAAAAAUUAAUAAUAAUAAUAAUAAUAAAAGCUAGACUAUUCUUCUUCAGCGUUCAACCCAGAAACAGAUUUCAUUUCACAGAAGAAAAGAAAUGUAAGAAUCUGUUCUGGUUAACAGAAACCUUGAGGAAGAAAUUUACAUGGAGGAUAAGAAAGCCAACAUAAUUGCUCUUUCCUUAAUCCUCUCCCUCAUCCUUCUCCUCAUUCUUGCUCGAGUUUUCCUCAAACUUUCCAAGUCUUUUUUCCUCAUUUGUGGGAUCGAUGUCUCACUCACCGCCGCUAUCUUGGUCUACAUGAUCAUCAGACUACGAUUCAACCGGAGAAGAAAACAGCUCGAGUCUCAGUUAGUUUCCGAAGGUCGAGAGCUUCGGAUCGAGUACAGUUUUUUAAGAAAAGUCGCCGGAGUUCCGACCAAGUUCCGGUACAAAGAGCUCGAGGAGGCCACCGACUAUUUCAGAGCGUUGAUAGGGCGAGGAUCCUCCGGUUCCGUCUUCAAAGGGAUCCUCAAAGACGGCACUGCAGUAGCCGUCAAGCGGAUCGAAGGCGAGAAUCGAGGAGACAAAGAGUUUCGAGCGGAGGUAUCCGCCAUUGCUAGUGUUCAACAUAUAAAUCUCGUUCGUCUAAUUGGUUACUGUACUAAUUCAUCUGGACCUCGAUUUCUCGUUUACGAAUUCGUAUCGAAUGGAUCGUUAGAUUGCUGGAUUUUCCCCAAAAAACCUAAGCACAAGAAUCGAAAUCGCCCUGGCGGUUGCUUAGCUUGGGAUCUGAGAUAUAGAGUCGCCAUUGAUGUAGCUAAGGCCCUAGCCUACCUUCACCAUGAUUGCCGAUCGAGAAUCUUACACCUCGAUGUGAAGCCGGAAAACAUCCUCCUCGAUGAAAAUUACAGAGCAAUCGUAUCGGAUUUCGGAUUGUCGAAACUGAUGGGGAAAGACGAGAGCCGAAUAAUGAUAUCCAUGAGAGGGACGAGGGGAUAUUUAGCUCCGGAAUGGCUAUUGGAGAACGGAAUUUCAGAGAAAUCCGACGUUUACAGCUACGGAAUGGUUCUUCUGGAACUCGUCGGAGGUCAGAGAAACGUGAGCGUAGUUGAAAAUGGAGAAGACAGAUCUAAGAGGAAAUGGCAGUAUUUUCCUCGAAUCGUGAGUGCGAAGAUGAAGGAAGGAAAAUUAAUGGAAGCUGUAGAUAAAAGGCUCCUGGAAACGGGGACGAUCGAUGAAAGAGAGGUACGGAAACUGGUUUGUGUGGGUUUAUGGUGUAUACAAGAGACGGCGAAGCUGAGGCCGACGAUGGCGACGGUUGUGGAUAUGCUUGAAGGCCGCAUCACGGUGGAGGAGCCGCCGGAUACUGAAAUGCUCGUCGUUGAUUUGUUGUCUAUUAAUGAAGAGAUGAUGGAUAGCCAUGAGAGGCCGAAGAUUGUUCCGUUUGUGGAGAGGAUGAACGAUAGAAACCUUCCUUCGUCUUCGACGACGUCGUGUUCGUACGCCUUCUCUGUACUCUCCGCUCGAUGAGGUAAGGCCGUCGGCGAUGGCGACGGCGGACGGAGGCCGGCCGUCUCUCUCCCUUUGACUUUUGUGCCCUAACGGCCUAACCACAGUACUGAAAUUGCAUACGUCGUCUUCUUUUUAUUCUCAAUUUAUUUUUUUUCUUUUUUCGGCAAUUAUUUUAAAGAUUUGAUGAAUGAAAUAUAAUUAUUUUUUGGUCCCAAA